GGCCAUCUUGGCGGCGGCGGGGCCGGCCCGGCGAUGAGCGGCUCGAAGCCCAGGGUGGCCCCGGCCGGGCCCGGCGGGGCGCUGAGCCGCCUGCGCGGGCAGAGGAGCUCCGGGGCGGCCUCUCCCGCCGCGCCGCCGCCGCGGGCCGCCCUUCCGCCGCCACCGCGGACGGAGGCGGAGCUGCUGGCGCUGGAGGCGGUGCGGCCCGAGCACGUCCUGGGACUCAGCCGCGUCACGGAGCAUUACCUUUGCCGACCCGAAGACAACAUCUACAAUAUUGACUUCACCAAGUUUAAAAUCCGGGACCUAGAGACUGGGACAGUGCUAUUUGAAAUUGCCAAACCUUCAACUUUAGAGCAAGAGGACGAAGAGUGUGACCUUGGGGAGGUGGAUGCCAGCGCCGGACGCUUUGUUCGCUACCAGUUCACUCCUGCCUUCCUGCGCCUCCGGACAGUUGGGGCAACGGUGGAGUUCACAGUGGGAGACAAGCCCGUGUCAAACUUCCGCAUGAUUGAGAGGCAUUACUUCAGAGACCGUCUCCUCAAGAAUUUUGACUUUGAUUUUGGCUUCUGCAUUCCCUGCAGCAGGAACACCUGUGAGCAUAUAUACGAGUUCCCCCAGCUUUCAGAGGAUCUCAUACAUCUGAUGGUCGAGAACCCCUACGAGACUCGCUCAGACAGCUUCUACUUCGUGGACAACAAGCUGAUCAUGCACAACAAGGCUGAUUACGCCUACAAUGGUGGGCAGUAGCCGUUCCAGUGCCGCCUGCAGACAUUGUGCGCCUUCGGGCUGCAGGGGGCAGGCCCCGGCCCUGCUCCCUUUUCCUGCACGGCUCAGGAGGUGGUGUGGAAAGCGGGAGGGGCCUCUUCUGGGACAGUAAAGGAAUUCUCCGGGCCGCUGGCUCCUCUCCCCCUUGGCAUCCUGGUCCCGUGACGAGCCAGGUGCAACCCCCCCAGUCGAGCAGGCUCAGCUGCAGUCCUCCUCCUAACGCCUCCGCGACCCAGAGUGCUGCGCAGGAGGGUUGGCGCAGGUGCCCGUUGCUCGCACUGGUGCCUCCCGGCCCGCUUUCCACCCGGGCCGGCAUUCCUUUUGGUCGUGUCCUCUCUCUCGGGGUCGGAGUGCCUGGGAGGGUUCCAGGGCAGGGGGUGCAGAGCUUUGCAGUGUUUUAUCCUGGGCCUGUUAGAACCGCAGUGACCCCGAAAGGUCUGGCCUGCAUUGUAAGAAUUAGUGGUGCCCUCCGGCCGGGGGGGAUGGAAGCCUGGCCCCCUUGCUUCUUCUGGUGGCUCUCGUUGUUGCGGGGGGGAGAUCUGACUUCUCCGCUUCCCUCCCCAGGUCUCCUUUUGUCUUGCUUCCAAGUCGCGGGAAGGCAGAAACUGCAGGGGGGGGACUUCCUCCGCCAUCUGGCCAGCCUCUCUGCUGUGGCGUUUGGGCUGGAGUCCCUGGGCAGGGAUGCAGCCUCCCGUGGCAGCAAGUCCCCAAGGUGGGGGGCGGGCUCCAGAGGGCAAUGGAAUAGUGGGAAAAGCGCAAUGCUUAAGCCUCUUGGCUGGAGGGGAGGUUUAACGGCCUCAAUGAAAGGGUUUCAGGUGCAGGACGGGGUUCUGUUUAUUAAAGGGGGGGGUCCUGUGGUCUUCUGGAAGUGCUCGGGAUGGAGCUCGGGGGCGAGGCUGCCCUCGGCUUUCUCCAGCAAAGUGCCUUUCUCCAAGGGCUUCCUUCCCGAUCCCUUGCAGUCCAAUGCCAGGUGCCUUUGGAACCGCCCUCUGCCGUGCAGGCUUGCCCAGGCACCACUCCGGCCUGCUGCUCUCCCCAGUUGACCCCAGCAGUCCCGGAAGGGCUGGCCCAGAAGCAGGGGCUGCUCUGCUGUGGCCGGUUCCCCUGCCGCCCCCUCCACCCCCCCACCCCCACCCCCCGGGGAGCAGAAGAUUCUCCUCUGUGCCUUCCUUGGGACUGACUAUCCCAGCAAUAAGGGGAGGGUGUGCGUGAAAGAACAGGAUGCUUUGCUGGGCAAGAGGUAACUGAGUGACCCCCCGAAGUGCAGGAUCCAAAGUGUACCCAGUUGCCCUCUGGCGCCCCUUGCUUCUAGAGGAACUGCCCUCUGAGCCCACCCUCACCCCACGCCCCCGGCUGUCCUUUGCUGCUUUCCUUGAGCUGUUCUCUUCUGCCGAACUCCCAAAGGGCCGUGCUUCUGCCACUAGAUGGGCACGCGUGAGUCAGCGGGGGGGGGGGGGGGGUUGCUGUUUCUGCCCUGCUGACCAAAGGGGGUGUGCAAAGGAUGGGGCUGCUGUUCAAAAGCAGGACGUGGCUUGCAGGCAGCGGCGAAGUCAUUAGAAAUCCGGAACCCCCUUUUGGCCUGAGAACCGCAGGGAGACCGGGGACCUUGAUAGGCUGGUGGUUUCUGGACCGGCCUCCCGAUGGUGAGACGGGCGUGGGAUUGCUUCCGCUUCCUUUUCAGCUGACAAGAGAAACCGAAGACGGGGGUCCCCCUUGAGACCCUUGGAAGCGAGGAUAGGGAGGCAGUGGCCUUGGCCACCUUUGUGGCAACGAGCACUACCCGGUCCCAAGUGUGCCCCACCCCGAGUAUUGCUGAGGGUCAGCAGCUUGGCUACCUGUGGCUCUGGCCGCCCGAGUCAAGAGGCAGUAAAUCCCCGCCCCAGCAUCGCCGGUGGUUUUCUGUUUUGGGAACUGAGCAAAAAGUUCAGGGCCCAGCAAUCGUGUUUCUUCACAUCACCGAUGUUCUGGAAUUUUGUAUGCAAUGAUGUUGAGCAAGUGGUAUUUAGGGUAACGGUGCAACUGAUUUCCCAAGGGAGGGGUCAGGUUCAGCACUGUGGCCAAAAUACCACCUCCCCCCCACCCCCGCCUGUGACCCUGAAUUGGCCAUUGGCACUUUGUGGUAGUUUUUCGAUGAAACCGCUCCCCCUACCCACGGAGUCUGGGUGUGGCAAGCAUGUCCCCUUUUACACAUGUAAAUGUACAGGAAAGGGUUCCUCGUUUUUCUAUUUUCCUGCCAAGGUAUUUUUCCACAGAGAAUGGCAGAAGUGCAGAAAGCCCUUGUGUGAUUUCCCUGAAUGGUGUCGGCACCAUCAUGCUAUGUCUAUUUUAUAUCUCUCCUUGAUCUGCAGUAAACUAGCUUAUUUGUAUAAAAUGUUACUUUGUCUCAAGCAAUAGUAAUUAAAAAAAACUGCAUUCCG